AUGCAGCAAAUGGUUUCUAUCACGCCAUUGUCAAAUAUUACCAAUCUGCACCCCAGAAUCUUCCUUCUCCUUGGCAUUCCAGGAAUGGAAGCCAUACACACAUGGCUAUCAGUGCCUUUCUGCCUUGUCUACCUGGGUGCUCUCUUAGGGAAUUUCUCUCUUCUCUUUAUCGUCAGAAUAGAUUCCAAUCUGCAUGAGCCCAUGUAUUUCUUCCUCUGUAUGCUCUCUGUAACUGACCUGAUUCUUUCCACAACUGCCAUGCCUAAAAUCCUCAGCAAUUUUUGGUUCCAUAACAGAGAGAUUCAUUUUGAAGCCUGUCUGGUACAAGUUUUUCUCAUUCACUCACUAUGCAGUAUGGCCUCGGGGUUUAUCUUGGCCAUGGCCUUGGACCGCUAUGUGGCUAUCUGCAACCCUCUGAGGCACUCCACUCUCCUGACUCACAGUGUCAUCCGGGACUUGGGGAUAAUGAUUGUCGUCCGUGGGGUGUUGCUUUUCAGUCCUCAGCCGUUCAUGCUUCGCUGGCUUCCCUACUGUAGAACAAAUACCAUUCCUCACACAUACUGUGAAUUUAUGGCUCUGAUCAAGCUGGCCUGUGCAGAAACCCGGAUUUUCAGACUGUACAGUCUAACUGCUGCCUUCCUAACGGGCGGUUUAGAUUUCAUUUCGAUCAUAUGCUCCUAUAUUGUCAUCCUUUAUACCGUCUUCCGUCUUCCAUCCAAAGCAGCUCGCCUGAAGACCUUGGGAACAUGUGGAUCGCAUGUUUGUGUGAUCUUAGUAGCCUAUACUCCAGCCUUCUUCUCCUUCCUUACUCACAGGUUUGGUCACAAUGUGGCCCCUCACAUUCAUAUCUUUGUGGCUAAUAUUUACCUCCUUGUUCCUCCCUUAGCAAACCCAAUGAUCUAUGGCAUUAGAACCAAGGCCAUCAGAGAACGUUUUCUCCAAAUUUUGACAUCUAAAAAAGCAUAA